CCAUGGACCUCCGCCUCCUGCCUUUGGCUCUGCUGCUGGCUGCCUGGAGCUUCCCCUCCUCUUCCUCCUCCCCCCCAUCUUUCCCCCACCCCCUGGCCCACCUGAGCUCCAGGCGCAGCGCCUGCAAGCCGGUGCCCGACACCAUGACUCUCUGCCACGGGGUGGGCUACAGCGAGAUGCGCCUGCCCAACCUCCUGGGCCACGACACCGUGCGGGAGGUCCUGCAGCAGUCUGUCUCCUGGGUGCCCCUGCUGACCAAGCAGUGCCACCGCGACACCAAGAAGUUCCUCUGCUCUCUCUUCGCCCCCGUCUGCCUCAGCGAGCUGCAGGAGCCCGUCUUCCCCUGCCGGACCCUCUGCCAGGAAGUCCGAGAGGGCUGCAGCCCCGUCAUGGCCGCCUUCGGCUUCCCCUGGCCCGAGAUGCUGAACUGCAGCCGCUUCCCGCAGGGCAAUGAGCUCUGCAUCCCCCCCGCCGGCCAAGAGGACAGGCUGCCGCCCCAGAAGGAAGAUGUCGUCUGUCCCGCCUGCCUUGACAAGGGACACAAGGAAAAGGAGUUUUUGGAAAUCUUCUGCAGUCAGGAUUUUGCCCUGAAAAUGAGCGUCCGGUCCUCGUCCGGCGUGGAAGGAGACCUGAAAGUGGUCCCGGAAAGCAGGGGCCGGACUCUGUACAAGAAGGACGGCUGGUCAGAGGAGGAGCUGAAGAAGCCGGUGCUGUGGUUGGCCGGGGGAGAGGCAUGCGCCUGCCCGGAGCUGGCUGGGCCGGAGUUCGUGGUCCUCGCCAUGGGGCACAGGGUCGCCGGUCGGCUGGUCAUCUCGUGGGUCAGGAAGUGGCGGCACGGAGAGAAGGAGCUGAAGAAGUUCUCCCGGGCCGUGCGGAAGCUGCGGUGCUAGGGGUCCCUUCCGCCAC